GGAAGUGAAGUCACUUCCGGGCUGGGGUGUUUGUUUGGACUGGAGAAGGGAGGCGGCGGGCGAAGCGCGCGUCGAGCGGGGGAGCGGCGCUGCCUGUGGAGAUCCGCGGAGGCCGACCGGAUUCGUUGGCUGCCGUCCCCGCUGCCGUGCACUGGGUUAAAAACGACAACUAACGCCAACCAUGAAAGAUCCAAGUCGCAGCAGUACUAGCCCAAGCAUCAUCAAUGAAGAUGUGAUUAUUAAUGGUCAUUCUCAUGAAGAUGACAAUCCAUUUGCAGAGUACAUGUGGAUGGAAAAUGAAGAGGAAUUCAACAGACAAAUAGAAGAGGAGUUAUGGGAAGAAGAAUUUAUUGAACGCUGUUUCCAAGAAAUGCUGGAAGAAGAAGAGGAACAUGAGUGGUUUAUUCCAGCUCGAGAUCUCCCACAAACUAUGGACCAAAUCCAAGACCAAUUUAAUGACCUUGUUAUCAGUGAUGGCUCUUCUCUGGAAGAUCUUGUGGUCAAGAGCAAUCUGAAUCCAAAUGCAAAGGAGUUUGUUCCUGGGGUGAAGUACUAAAAUAUUUGAGUAGACGGGGCCCUCUUUUGGUGGAUGUAGCACAAUUUCCACACUGUGAAGGCAGUAUUAGAAGACUUAAUUGUAAAAGCUCUCUCUUGUCACUGUGUUACACUUAUGCAUUGCCAAAGUUUUGUUAGUCUUGCAUGCUUAAUAAAAGUGCUGAGACUGUUAUUAAGUAAUAAGCUGUCAAACAUUUACUGAAAAUAGAAUUGGCCCCAUGGCUUGAUGUGAAGACAGCGAGGAAAGAAGCACCAGUCAAGAUGUAACAAAGCGCCAAAUUAAAAUGACCUCUAAAUCUUCGUGAAUUGCCUUUUUUGAGGCUAAACUGGUCCCUGAGCGUUAGCUAACCGUUGUUAAUGUCCAAACUUUUUUUUUUUUUAAACGAGUAAAUUUAAGUUCAAGUUAUUAGGCAGAUUUCUCAGUUCAGACUUACUAAAUUUGCAUUUGUCACUAUCAAGAAGAAUUUCCUUUUUCUGAAGAAGGCCUUGUUAAUUAAUUUGAAACAAUUCAUUAUAGACAAGUAAGUCUUUGGUUACUGAGUUUAUAAGGUAAUGCUCAUGAUGAGAACUAACCCUGGCUUUUAUGGUAUGUUAUCACGUAAGAAAUGUGAAUCCUCCUAGUGUUAGAUCUGAGGAUCUAGAUCUGAGUGCAUCUUCUCAGGUGUCACUGCAUCAUAGCCAUGCCUAUGUGAAGUGCAACAUUUGACCCACCAUAAUCCAAUUGAACAAAGAAAUUGUAACAUGAUUUGAGUGGUGCUUUUCCUUGCUUUGUUAACCAUCACUACAAUGGUCUGCAGCACAACUUUUCUUUUAACAAAGCUAGAACAGUUUUGGCUUCUUAAACUUCAUACUUGGGUAGGUUAAGCUGCCAUACGUGUUCAGUGUGAAUAGUGUUUAAGUUGAAAAUAUUGUAAAAAAAUUAUAUUUUUUCAAAAAUAUUUAAAAAAAUAAAUAAUAGUAGAACUGA